CCUUGACCUUGACGCUUGUCAGUGCCUCUGCCCUUGCUGUCGUCGUCCUAUGUAUAGCUGCCCUGUUCUGGUUUCGUCAUCGUCAGCGCCGAAACAAGCUCCUGCACGACCUGACUUUCGAUGAUGGAUCGGAGGAGUCAAAGAGUACGAAGUCGGCGCCUUCUUCCAGGUACGAGGUCUAUGUUGUUGUUUGCGAUUACCAGGGGUUCUGGUGGCUUUGUCGACAUUAACAAGGUAGACAAGAGAUACUGAGAAGUAUAAAGACAAGAGAUACUGAGAAGUAUAAAGACAAGAGAUACUGAGAAGUAUAAAGACAAGAGAUACUGAGAAGUAUAAAGACAAGAGAUACUGAGAAGUAUAAAGACAAGAGAUACUGAGAAGUAUAAAGACAAGAGAUACUGAGAAGUAUAAAGACAAGAGAUACUGAGAAGUAUAAAGACAAGAGAUACUGAGAAGUAUAAAGACAAGAGAUACUGAGAAGUAUAAAACUCUUUAAAAAAUGAUGUAGCUUCUUCCUCGUUUGUUUAUUUUUAUUAAUUUCAUAGGCCGAAAAUGGCUUUUAAGUUGUUUUUUUCGGAAAAGAAGGCCAAUGAAUUAAAAGUUGAAAGCAAUAACAACGAUUUACUCAUGUAUAUAUUAGUGUAUAUAUUAUAACAACUUUGAUAUAGGCAUAGAGCAGGGGUUCUUAACCAGGGGUGCUCUCAUCCACCCUGGGGGCUGCGGAAGCAGUGUCAUGGGGUGCGUGAAGAACCAGAAAAAUCGGUUUGAGUUGCAUUUUUAUAAACAUUUUAUAUCGCUCCACAUAUAUGUUUUAUGCUAUGUACAACAAAAAAACAAAAAACAAAAGAACCAACGCCCUAGAGAGGAGAUUAAACAUUUUUAAAAUGCUUCCAGUAAAAAGCCUAAUAAAGGGAUUGUACUCAAGCAGCCAUAUCAUUUCUUGAUUGAUGUGCUCGAGAAACAAUUUGCUGGUCUACGUAUAAUAUAUCUAUUCAGAUGUCCCGAGAACUCGGGUUAAGAAAUACUUUUUGAGACUAAGAAAAAAAAAUAACUUGAUGUUACCUUUGCAAAUUUAUAUCACCUCUCGGCUACAUUAACUCAACAUUUUCAGAACCCCGUCCCCAAAGAUGAGUAAAAGAAUGUCCUGUCCCGAUGCCUUAAAUCUGAAAACGAUCGGUGCUAAAGGCAUGCUGGCCCGAUCGCUGACCUCUGACCGUAUACCAGACUUCACGCUGCCACCGGAGCGUGUCCAGCCCUGGAGUCCUCACGAAAAGAAAGCCUCCAAUUUCACCUUCACUUCUCACCAGCGGAGUAACACGUUAGGGAGCAUCAAACCAGAUCUCUACCAGUAAGUUCUUUGAAACAUUUAAAUAUUUGAUGUUAUGGAGAGUGGUUCGCAAUGUUAUAUGGGACCAUGGGUUCUGUUCUUUAAAAAAACGUUCCUACUGAUUAAUUGUAAAAUGUAAAUACGUGAAAAAGUCCACAUGAAGUAUUGAAGAGCAAAAGAAAUAAACAUUAAAAAAGCUCUUGACAGUUUGAAAUUAAAUUAUUUAAUGAGAUUUACAUUUACUUCGUGUCGUAUUGAACAUAUUGCUAUUAAAUAUGCUGUUCCUGAUUUGUUGAAACGUAUAAACAUGAUUUUAGAUGUUAUCUUCUCUUAAUUAAACGCGAACUUACUUCAUUUAGUGUAAAAUUAUCUUUGAAGUGUCUACGGUUAAGUUAGCUACCCAAAGCUGAAAUAGUAUGACUUAAAAUCUGCAAAUUUAAUUCAGGAUUUUUCAGUUACAUGAUUUAUUUGUGACACCACCAUUAACUGCAGAGGGCAAUAUUAUUUUUAGCUACUGCAUAUAUCAGAGGGCGAGUCCUGUGGGUGUGUAUGGGGAUGGAGUUCCUGCAAUUUUGUUGUUGUUUAUAAAUAAAUACAUAUUUAUUUUGGGGUAAAGAUGGGGAGGUGGUGGUGAUGAGCAAUGUUUCCUUUAAGGUUUGUUGGUUCGUGUGAAAAAUCGUACAGUUGUAAGCAAAGUUUUUCAGCAUCAAUUUUUUUGUGUGCAAAAUUUUUCAGCUCACAAACACAAAAACACAUUUACAUGGAAAUUUACUGCGCGGUACUCAGAACUGCUGCGCGGCGUCUGUGAGAUAGCUGCGCGGGAACAUUGGUGAUCAGGGGAUCUUGGGUUAAUUCCCUCACUUUUUGCUCAGGACUCAACCCUUGAUCUAUAUUCAUAUUUCAUUUGCUCUCUUUUAAAAUCUUUUAAAUUAACUUCGCUUUUUUUCGCGUGUUUGUGGCAACAUCUUCGGAACGCUAAAAGACUCACUUACCUUUCAUACUAUCGAUCUGAAAUUCGGCACAUAGACUAACUGCCAGUAGCAACACAUUCUUUCACAUUUUCAGCCCCACUCUUUUGUCCCAAUCCUCCAAAAUCAGUUUAUCCUGUUUUUCAAAAGAAGCUAAUUGACCCACAUCCCGUCAUCCUAAUGUACAGAAACUUAGCACAUAGACUCGUUGCCGAGGAAAGCAAAUUUCCCAUUUUCAGCCCCGCGCUCAAACGACAUUAACAUUAAUAUCUGCUGAAGCGUAACUGAGCAGGACGCUAUAGAUAUAAAUCUUAUUUGCAAUCAAUGCCAUGAACUGAAUUUUUCGUGCAGCUCGAUGAAAAUAAUAUCUAUUAUUUGUGCUUUUGUAUUCAAAAUUUAAGAGUUCAGUUUUUGAAUGUCUGACAUAUUUUCACGGCCUACAGUCAUCUGAGUUUCUCCGAGGAUGAUGAACCGAACCUCCCUGAAACAUCACACGGUCGUCUUUGGUUCUCUAUGACUUAUGAUGCAGGAGCUGAACAGCUAAAUGUCACGUUAAUCAAGGUUAAAGAUUUGCCAGGCAAGUCCAUUUACCUUGUGAUUUUAUGAUUUUACUAAUUUUAUGGUGAUGUCAAAUUAAAUUUUACUAAACUGUAACAGACCAAGUUAACUAUGAUUUUUUCAGACGACCCUAAUAUUCACUCUCAGACACGAUGGCGUAGUGAUUUUAUGAGAACGAUGUAAAUCACGAGAAAAGCGAGAAUUAGUUUUUGCGAUCGUGUCGUGAGAUUGAAUAUUAGGGUCGUCUGAAAAAAUCAUAGUUAACUUGGUCUGCUACAUAAACCUUGUCGUCAUUGCAAAUCAUACUAGUGGUAGUCUUUGAACGCUACUUAAGAUUUUAUAAUUAACUGCUUGAAGCAUAUUAACGCUUUAAUUACUUAAUUAAUCUUUAAUUCUUUGACUGCCUAAUUAAUUAUUAGCCACACUAUUUUAUCUCUGGAAACAUACUAACGAUUUCCCCUUGAAAAUUUUAAGCAAUUAAGUAUUUUUUUAGUAUCAAAUUAUCUAAUUUAUGUUCAAAUCUUUAAAGGUCGAAAUGGCAGUAGCCAGCCGAGAGAUCCGUUCGUCAAGAUCUUCCUGCUGCCAGAUGAGAGAACCUGUCGCACAUCAAAAGUUAAAAAGAAAACACUGAGUCCUUUAUUCAAUGAGACGCAUUCAUUUCAGGUACAUGUGUGUUCUGCUUUAUUCAAUGAGACGCAUUCAUUUCAGGUACAUGUGUGUUCUGCUUUAUUUAAUGAGACGCAUUCAUUUCAGGUACAUGUGUGUUCUGCUUUAUUCAAUGAGACGCAUUCAUUUCAGGUACAUGUGUGUUCUGCUUUAUUCAAUGAGACGCAUUCAUUUCAGGUACAUGUGUGUUCUGCUUUAUUCAAUGAGACGCAUUCAUUUCAGGUACAUGUGUGUUCUGCUUUAUUCAAUGAGACGCAUUCAUUUCAGGUACAUGUGUGUUCUGCUUUAUUCAAUGAGACGCAUUCAUUUCAGGUACAUAUGUGUUCUGCUUUAUUCAAUGAGACGCAUUCAUUUCAGGUACAUGUGUGUUCUGCUUUAUUCAAUGAGACGCAUUCAUUUCAGGUACAUGUGUGUUCUGCUUUAUUCAAUGAGACGCAUUCAUUUCAGGUACAUGUGUGUUCUGCUUUAUUCAAUGAGACGCAUUCAUUUCAGGUACAUGUGUGUUCUGCUUUAUUCAAUGAGACGCAUUCAUUUCAGGUACAUGUGUGUUCUGCUUUAUUCAAUGAGACGCAUUCAUUUCAGGUACAUAUGUGUUCUGCUUUAUUCAAUGAGACGCAUUCAUUUCAGGUACAUAUGUGUUCUGCUUUAUUCAAUGAGACGCAUUCAUUUCAGGUACAUGUGUGUUCUGCUUUAUUCAAUGAGACGCAUUCAUUUCAGGUACAUGUGUGUUCUGCUUUAUUCAAUGAGACGCAUUCAUUUCAGGUACAUGUGUGUUCUGCUUUAUUCAAUGAGACGCAUUCAUUUCAGGUACAUGUGUGUUCUGACUGCAUUUUAAUCGGAAUUCUAAGGAUUGACUUCAAUCACAUCCCUCAUUAAAUUAAUAUGAUACAUUUGCUCAUAGCUCUGCUGCCAAUCAUUAACAAUCAUUAUUGUAUAUGUCACAUAAUAUAAAUAUACCAAUGAUAGAAGAAUACUUUGUCACAGAACGGUUGUUACAGAGGAGGGCUCCGGUCCUGACUUAUCACAAACUUUAUUGAUUUAGUAGUGGUCAGUAAAGGGCCGCUCCUUUCUGUGAUUCAUAUUUUGUGUAUCUAGGCGUUGGGACAGACAAAAGCACAACGUAGACUUGAUGAAUUCAAAUAACGCAAACUAUACGUGCAAGGACGUCAUUUGGGGAGGGAAGUGUGGGUCAUUUGCCCCCCCCCUCCCCCCGAAUGUAUAGGUUUUAUUUAAAUUGCUUUGUACUGUGGCGCCUUCUGUAAUAAACAACUCAACAAGUCGACCAAGUUUUGGUUUUGCCCACGCCCCUUGAAAAAACCUGAAAUGACGCCCUUGAUUGGGUAUGCAGAUGGUGAAAUAGCAUGCGUUUAUUUCUAAGAUAAAAAGCUCUUUCUAGGGUACCGCUAACCUUCAACUGUCUCUACAGGGCGGCCCAGGAAAAGUGAUAACAAUCUCUUACAAUGUAAUAUAAUAUAAUUACAUCAACAUUUGUCAACUGUAUACAUUUACUGGUUACGUAUGUCCCUAUAUAACUAAAUGCCAUCAUGAUCAUGACAAUUUCCGGUGGUCAAAAUGAAAAAAAAAAACACAUUAUAUUAAUUCACUUACAUUAAAUAACCCUUUGCCAUGAAAGGUUCUCACUUUUUUGGGGCCACCUUGUAUGUAUCUCCAUAGCUAUGACUGUAUGUAUCUCCAUAGCUAUGACUGUAUGUAUCUCCAUAGCUAUGACUGUAUGUAUCUCCAUAGCUAUGACUGUAUGUAUCUCCAUUGCUAUGACUGUAUGUAUCUCCAUUGCUAUGACUGUAUGUAUCUCCAUUGCUAUGACUGUAUGUAUCUCCAUAGCUAUGACUGAAUGUAUCUCCAUAGCUAUGACUGUAUGUAUCUCCAUAGCUAUGACUGUAUGUAUCUCCAUAGCUAUGACUGUAUGUAUCUCCAUAGCUAUGACUGUAUGUAUCUCCAUAGCUAUGACUGUUUCUAAACUGUUCAUACUGUAUCGUCUCAUCUAUUCCUAUGUUCAGCUGUCGUCUCCUGAUAUCUUUCAACUAUUCCCGAACAACUGCCUCUCUCAGAUCGUUUCUCUCUUCACUCCCCGUGUCAUGAAGAGUUCUGUCUUUCAUGCAAUUCUUAACCUCCGUUGGUGGCCCAGGAAUGCUAUCUAUUAACCCAUCCCUGCCCCUCAACUUUCGGUCCAGUAGAAUUUUCCGUCGUUAACCCCAAAAUUAUCCUGCGAAGUCUGGAAGGCCCGAAACAUAAUAGUAUGUAAAGAGACAAUCCCCUUUAUCUCAAGAUGUGAGAAUAUAUUAACCUUAAUUAACCUCACCCCCUUAUAAAUUCCCUCCCCAAAAUUUCCCUCCACCCUAUAAGUGACCUAAACAACUAAGGAGCUCUGCCCUGUACCCUCGCCCCAGUCAUUUGUGAAAUACUUGCAGUAGAACAUGCACACUUGAUAGGUUAGCUUAUGCUUGCCUCUUGUAAACAUCUAAAGAUAGUGGUUUGAUUUGUUUAAAUGGCAAAUAUUAUACUCAUCAUGAUUUUUGUAAAUGUUGUAAAAAUAACUGCACACGGAAUGCAUCUGAUAACAACACAAACAACAAUCAUGUGAUCUAGGUCUCUCUGGAUGACGCCAAGAAACGGGUCUUGCGCUUUUCCGUCUAUGACGUCGAUCGCAGACGUGUGCGUCACUCACUUGGGCACGUUAUGAUUAAUCUGAAGGGCCUGGACCUAACCAAGGGCGAUGUCAUGUGGAGUGAUCUAGAGCCCAUGGUACAGGUGGGUCUAAUGGAUCACUUUACUUCCCACGGCUAUUCAUUUUUUUGUAUGUAUCUGUUACCACCUUGUUUCACUUUGAGAUUUCGAUCCCUUUUACUUAAAAUAAGUCUUAGAUAUUUCUUAAAACCAUAAAAAUAACCCUUUUUUAUAAUUUCUCUUUUAACUUAAUAUUGGAGAUGCAUAUUUUUAAUUUGGUUAUGUUUGGUAAUUACAUCCAAAAUACGGAUACCUAUGUUUCGGUGGAAAAAUGCAAAUUUUUAGGUAGCUUAAUCUAAGGAGGCCUGCAACCAACCAAAAUUAGUUUGAUUCUUGCUUUAUAAAUUAUAGAAUUUCCCAGGUAGAAAAUAGUUCUCUAAUAUUUCACGUUAAAUAAUUUCUUUUUUAAAAAUGUAUUUUUAAAUCCUUUAUAUUAACUUCGCUUUUGUUCGUGUGUUUCUGGCGGGGAAAAAAAAUCUUCGGCUGACUAAUUGACCCACUUCCAAUCAACCUUUCGAGCUGAAUGUUGACAAUAAAUUCUUUCAAAUUUUCACCCCCAACCCCCCAAAAAUCAGUUUUUUUCUCCUGUUUUUCAAAAGGAAGAUGAAGAUGAAGGAAAUAUGAUGCCACCGAUUUAACGAAAUAAAAUUCCCGAUAACUGCGCUAAAUGAGAUUCUUCGAAAAAAAAAUAUUGCAAGUACGCUUGAUGCAUAAUAUUUUAUUUUGUUUUUCUAAAAUAUUUGGUGUAAUCAAUCUGUAAAAUCGUGUGGGUCAUUAGAAUAUUAAUAUAGUUCAGGGGCAUGAAUAAAAUGUGCGGUUGUGAGCCAUUGGGAGGUGGGGGGAGCACUUAUAACGUGCGUUACUUGUAUGAGUAUUUUGUCAGAUUUUCAGCCCCACCCUCAUUGCCCGAUAUUACAUUUUAUGAAGGAUUCAUCGAAAAACUUUUGUUGUUGGGAGAUAUUUAAUUGUUUUAAUUCUGUUAAGGCUACAUCAUCACUUGGUGAGCUUCAGUUCAGUCUUGUCUACAUCCCUACAAGUGAGAGGAUCAAGAUUGGCAUCCACCAAGCAAGGAAUCUCAACUUCAAGGAGGACUACCCUGAUAUGGGUGGGUAAUGCUGUGCAUUGUCUAAAUGUUCUGUCUAUAGUUUUUUUUUUUACUUAGCAACCAAAGCUGAAGUAGAAUUUAUUAAUUUUAUAGUUGUGACCCACAUGAACUUUUACUUGCCAUUUUUCAGGGGCCUACGUGAAAGUUCAGUUGUAUUAUGGUCAUAAGUGUCACCGAGUGAAGCGAACCAUAACUCAACAGGGCAGUCCAGACAUGAUGUUCAAUGAGUCGCUGUCAUUCACUGUCAAUGGGAAACAAAUGGAUUCUUGUAAUAUGGUGGUGGCGAUCAUGCUUACCUCCCCCCGUGCAUACGGCAGUAAUGACGUUGAGUACGGCAGAGUUGCUAUUGGGGCUUUUAUGUAUUCGAGAGGUGAAGAGCUCGUUCAUUGGCAAGAGAUGGUGUCACAGCCAAAAGUUGUCAGUACCCGAUGGCAUACACUAAGUGCCAUGCCACAACCGACCUGAUCUACAAGAUCCCUUGACCUGAGCCCGCCCCCUCCUCAUAAAUAGAUCACAAGGUGAUGUUUAACCGGAAAAAAAUCGUUACUGAAUAUACUUUUUACUCAAGGCCAUAAAUUAAUUAAUUUAUUCAGAUUAGGCCUAAGUUGUGAGGAAAAAAAACAAUGAUUUUUUUUCUCAAAUGUCUUUCAUUUUCUAUUUUCACACAAGGGAAAGGGUUUUAAUUAUUUUUUCAAAAAAUUUGAAAAAUAGCUUCUGAUCUUAAUCUUAUAUGAACUUAAAUAUUGUUUGGUUAAGAGUAUGAAUUAGCAUCAAGUAAUGAUUUAAUGAAUUUUUACAAGUUAACUUGCUUAGUAAACUAACAGAAAUCAAUUCAUCACAUUUUUGUUUCCUUCUAUGCCCUUUUAAAAAAUGUAAAAAAAAAUUAAACAUUGUAAGGAUUAAUUGAUGGUAAAUAAAUUUACAUAGUCAUAUGCUGAAAUCAGUGCACAGCUCUUUGUGUACACCAGGUCUGUUAUUCUAAUGUUACAUUUGUUCAUGUUAAGGUCAUAAAGCUGGCUAAAUCUUUUCUGUGAAUAAUUCAUAAAAUCUGGAAUUCUCCCAGAGAAUAUUAAGCUCUUAGUGGAAUUGUUUUUAAUAGUGUAUCAAUUUUCUAUUGCAUUGUGCUCAAUGUCUAGUUCCACUAAUGAGUACACAAUGAUAGUUUUAACAAUAAUUUAUUUUUUCAGGGGGUGAUAAAUAGCUAAAGCAAUAUGUUGCUCAUGAUUUUCUUUAAAAGGUGUAUAACAUUAUAUAGGAAACUCCAUUUCUAAAAUUAUUUACUUCUGAGUUAUUUUGAUUAUGAGAGAGUUAUUUUUAAUAAUAAGGGUCAAAGCUACUUAAAUAAUUAUAAUGACAUCAGAAUUUUUUUUCUUAAGUGUUACUUAAACAGCACAAUCAGUCAUGUUUUAAAUUUGGUCUUAGCCUGCUGAGAUAAAUAAUAAUAAUCAUCAUUAUAUUGUUUCUCAUGUUCAUCAUCAUGUAAGCUAGUAAUGAUUGUAUAAGCCUACACAAUGUCUUACUUUAGGAAUUCUGAUUUAAUUCAAAGAAAAUGUGUAGUUAAAUUUUCAGACUCACUUAUAAUAGCUUGCAUAAGGAGAAAUUUAAAAAUUGUGAACAUGGACAAAUAGUGAAAGAACAAUUACUCUAACUUUGAAAUAUGCCUGCAUGAACUAUUGCUACUUACAAAUAUUAAGUGUACAAUUUCCAUCACAGCAUUGAUUUAGGUUUGAUAACCAUUGAUAUAUGUCCAACUUAUUAGCCCUUUUUAUGAUGUCAACAUGAGGCUUUUGCCAGCUUUUAUAAACCAGUAAAUGCAGUGUCUUAAUUUUAUUUUACAACUCUAAAGAUAUUGUGCAUUUAUGUUGGUGUGUCAGUAUUUCCAUAAAUAGAUUAAUGUAAAUUUUAGGUCUGCAAUGUGCAAAAUAAAAAAAAAUGUAUUAAUCCUAACAGCACUGCUGUCAUCUUAUGUUGUAAGAAUGAUAAAAGAAAUUCUAAUUUUGAGUUAUUAUGUAGCAUGUGUUAAUAAAUUUAAAAAAUGCAGUGCUUUACAAUGCAAAACAAUAGUUCUUUCGCAAGGAAGUAAAGACUUUAGUAAAUAAAUUUAAUAAAUUAAAAAUAGGAAGGAAAAAAAAAGCUUGGGGGGGUUUGGUUCUAAGUCUACACUUUAAGAACUUUUCCAACUAUUCAUAAAUGAACAUUUUUAUUUAAGAACAAAUUUCUUAAGGACAUUCUAUAUAUAUUAAAAAUAAAGAAAGAAAUAUUAAAUAAAUGUUGGACUUAAAAUUUAAUUCAUCAUUCUUUUUUAAAUUGAACAGGAAAUAUUUAACCUAGAGUACAAACAAAGCCAUUCAUUAAUUUUUUCUACUUACUGGGCUGAAAUUCAUUGACAUACAUAUCCUAUAAAGGAUUUUAUAACAAGAUACUUAAAAAAAAGUAUUGGUUCUAAAAAUAAAAGACAAUGAAUGGACAAAACUACUUAAUAAGCUAAUGAUUCUGUUUCAUUGGUGAAAUGUAACUUUUUGUGCCAUUUUUUAAAAUUCCUAAGUUCAUUGAAAUUUUAUUUAAGCAUUAAAUGAGAUUAGCAAUUUAAAAUGUUAUGGCUCUUCUUGCUCUAAAAAAAUGUAUUUCUUAUGUAAGAUCACUAAACAGCUCUCAGAUGUUUUAUUUUAGAAUUGCUAUUUUUUUAGAUGUUGCUAAUCAUUUGGACCUUCCAUUGCAUGUACCAUUUUAAAAUAGAUGGAAAUUUUGUCUUUUAUACUUAUAAUACUAAGGUAUACCAGGAAAAGAGCACAAAAUUUAGGGAGACCAACUAAGUAUCGUACAUUAAUGGUUUUUUAUUACUUAUUAUGAUGUAGUACGUACUUGUAAAAUAACAGCGAUUCCUUUUGGUUUUGUGGUUGUAAAUCUGGUUGUGACCCUGGUUAGCUAAAGUUAUCCUGUUGGUCUUUUUUGUGCCUUUUUGGACUUGUUAAAAAAAUCUCAGCAUUCGUAAGCCAUUUUUGUUGUUGUUGGCUUGAAACGUGGUUUUGUUAAUGAAAAGAAAGCUAAUAAAUUUUUUAAAAGUG